CUCGGAAGAUGAUGCCAAAGAACUCCAAGGCCGGGAGAAGUUGAUGCAGGACUUAGGGCAUUUAUAACGCGGCUUAGGGUUUCAUUUGGCGCAUGAAAUUCGAGGUGAUUCGGACACUGUGCUCCUCGGACUAACACAAUGGAUCCCUAUUCCCUGAGUGUCGAGCGUGAGGCUUCGAAGAACAUUGAGGAAAAUGAGAGGGAAUGCUUUAAGGAUGCGAUCGUAUCAAGCAGGAGCCUUAAUAAGGGCUUCGUGGAGCCCGUUCUGAUAAAAAAUGUCGUGCCGGAGAUCGCUUCCUGUAUCAUCGCCGCGAGUUUCCACAUCGCAGUCGGACUCAGCAUGGCUUAUUCGGCGGUUUUGAUUCCACAUUUGGAGGACAAGAAUUCGGACGUCUACGGGACCGAGACCGAGACAUCUUGGAUAGCCAGUAUGGUGGUUAUCAGCACGCCCUGUGGGGCCAUACUGGGCGGGUUCCUGAUGGAGGCCAUCGGAAGAUUGAAGACCCUACAAGUAGGAGCUAUUCCUUGCGCAGUUGGCUGGAUCCUAAUAGCUCUGGCGACGAACAUCCCGAUGAUCCUAGUGGGGAGGUUCCUGACGGGAUUCGCGACGGCCCUGGCGAUAUCCCCGGCGAUCGUCUACAUCACAGAGGUGGCCAGGCCGGAGCUCAGGGGAUCCUUGAUGUCCUUCGGCCCAACUUUGGCGUCCUUCGGGAUGCUCCUCAUCUACGCGAAAGGCGCCUACUUGUCCUGGAGGCUGGCGGCGUGGCUGAGCAUCAUCUACGCGGUGGUCCCCGUAGUCCUCGUCCAGGCUUUCGUCCCCGAAUCUCCGGUCUGGCUCGUCUCCAGAGGCCGCAUCGAGGAAGCCAGGAAGGCCCUUGAGUGGUUUUACAAGUCGGACGCUAAGCAGGGCAAGAUUUCCGCAGCGGAGGCCCAGUUUACGACGAUCAUGAAAGAGAACGAAAUAAAGCUGAGCGACCAAAGGAGGAGCAAACAUGGCGGCCUCUCGACGAAGCUCAGGGCGUUCCUCAAGCCCACCGGCUGGAAACCGAUGUGCAUCCUCUUCUUCUUCUUCCUUUUCCAACAGUUCUCCGGCAUCUACAUCACCCUCUUCUACGCCGUCACCUGGUUCCAGGAAGUCGGGGCAGGGAUGGACUCGUAUCUGGCCUCGAUCCUGGUAGGUCUAACCCGAUUCCUCUGCUCGAUGGUGAACACUUGGCUCCUGAGACGCUACAAACGAAGACCUCUCUGCAUAAUCUCUUCCCUGGGCAUGGCAGCGUGCAUGAUCGUUUCCGGGUACUUUACUCUGCAAGUGAAGAAAGGGGACACCAGCGGGAACUGGGUUCCAGUGGCUUGUCUGCUGCUGUACGUGUGCACGUCCAUGGUGGGGAUGCUCACGAUUCCCUGGACGAUGACCGCCGAGCUCUUUCCAUCGGAGAUCCGGGAGCUCGCCCAUUCCAUCAGUUAUUCCAUGGCAAACGUACUUAUGUUCGCCGCGAUCCAGAGCUAUCGAGGACUGACCGUAUUUCUCGGAGGUAAGGAACCUGCAGAGUCCUUUUUAUCACCCACUUCGUGGAGAGAAAUGGCACAUCUCUUUUGAUAACUUUAUCACAAC